CAGUAGCUGCCUAUAUUACACUGACAACUCCAAGAGGCCCACAUUUAGUACAACCUGAUGGCAGACUAGUAUUUGCUACUAGUUAUUGUUCUCUCUUAGAUUUUUUGUUAUUUUCAACAUUGAGUGCAUUAAUGCAUCGUGCAUACAACCAAGGAAAAUUAGAUGAUCAAGAUUUGGAUGCGUUAUCUUAUGAAUAUAGAGCUUCAACAUUGUAUAAUAAAAUCAAAAAAUGGCGUGGUAGUAGAUUAUUAUUUAGAUUGUUUAAAGCUAAUAAAAGCGUCAUUAUAAUUCAAAUUUCUUUUUCAAUUGCUAUGGCUGCUUUGUUUUAUGCUCCCAUGGUAUUCGUAUAUAGAUUUCUAGAGGCCAUUCAAUUAGAAGAUCGUAGUGAGGCAUUGGAAUGGGGAUUUAUUUAUUUAAUUGCAUUUCAUCACCAUCAACAGCAACACUUUCAUAAUCUUCCACUUCUUCAUCCUCAUCCUGGUAUUCUUGAAUUUCUUCUCGUGGAUCGAAAUCCAAUAAAAAAAUUAUCAACGAUCAAAAGAUCAACAUGA